AUGGAAACUGCACUACCGCCCUCCACGCGUAUGCUGAGCGAGGAGAACAGCAGCUUGGUGCAUGCUUCCAUCGGCAAGAUCAUCUCCACGGGUCUGCUGCUCGACAUCGUCCACGUCCUCACGGGUCCGGACCAUUUGAGUGCGUUGGCAGCCAUGUCGAACGGUGGUUCGUGGAGAGCAUUCGCGUUGGGUCUUCGCUGGGGGUGCGGCCACUCGAUCGGUUUGAUCAUCAUGGCGGCCAUCUUCUUCGCAGCGGGCCAGACAAUCGACCUGGACGCGACCGGAGAGUACCUCAACUACGUGGUCGGCGUCUUCACGAUCGCGUUGGGUGUCUGGACGGGCAAGAGUGUGUACCGGAAGUAUCACCUGAAGCUCGCAGAGGAGAAGGCAGUCGCCGUCAUUGAUGAAGAUCCUCGCAGUCAAAGUCGCACUGGGGCUAACACGCCGACUGUGGUGACUCUGAAGCCGGAGCAGAAGAGCGUGCGACCGACUAACGCCAGCGUUAUAGCUGAGCAAGUUGCUUCACCUACGGGGUCGUACGCACUUAUGGUGAACGACGGUAACGAGGAUGAAGCUGCUGGUUCAGGGACACCAGUGACUUUGAAGCCGGAGAUGGAGCCUGAGCAGCCGAAGAGCUUCAAGCACAAGUACUGCUCCAACUUCAGCUUCGACAAUCCGCUCGUGCAGAAGAUGGCUGCGUUGUGUGUCGGCAUCGUCCACGGUAUCGCUGGGCCAGGAGGUAUCGCUGGGCCAGGAGGUAUCCUGGGUGUCUUACCCGCUGUGGUGCUGAACAAUUGGGGCAAGUCAACCGCUUAUCUGGGCUCGUUCUGCGUGGGGUCGAUCUUCAUUAUGGGCGUGUUCGCGGCGCUAUACGGCGAAGUCACGCGUCGACUGGGCGGCAACACGCCAGUGAUGGACUUUCGGGUGGGCAUGUGCUCCUCAGCGUUUUCGUUUAUUGUUGGCUGUCUGUGGAUUAUCUUGCAGUCUUUUGGCGUGCUCGAUGACAUCUUCAGGUAA